GCGCGAUGGAGGACGGCUUGGAGAGCUCGGCAUGGGCGGGGGUGAGCCCAAGAAUCUCCUUCUCCUACGAACCCCCCCAGGCCGGCAUCUCGGACUCCACCGAAGGCGGCGAUCGCGGGGUCGACGCUUCCCUUCCCCUGGUCAUGCCCGUAUCCUCCGACUUCGACUUCGGCCUCGACGCCGGCGCCAUUCUCUCCCACGAUUCUUCCCUCGCCGACGUCCUCUUCUCCCACGGCAAACUCCUCCCCGUACCCAUCAGGAAUCCUCCCUCCUCCUCGUCAGCAUCAGCGGCGGAGGCGGGGAGGAAGCGCAGCAGUCUUCGAGAGAUCAUGGCGAGCUCGGACGAGGACGACGCCGGCAUCAGAGGGCCAUCCCGGGGCAGGUCCUUCUGGCGGUUCCGCAGGAGCAACCUUUGCCCGCUUCCACUGCUGCGGAGCAAGUCCUCCGUGUCAAGCGCCGAGCGGUACUGCAACAUGCCCACCAUCAACACGACCGCCGGCGUCAUCCCAUGGACCGAGUCGAGGACGAGGACGUACUACUAUUGUUCGGGGAAUUCGCGGGGAUCGCAAGGCAAUGCGGUGAGAAUAAGUCCGAUCCUGAACGUGCCGACGCCGAGCAGCCUGAGCAUCUUCGGCUUCCUCCUCUGCAAGCGAGGGGACAAGGCCAUGGCCAAGAGCUCAGCCGUGACUUGUUAUCCAUAG